AUGAGCUCUAGCACAAUAGCUCUGGCCCCUGUGGCCAAGAACGUGAUGGUAUAUCGCAAUGGGGACUCCUUCUUCCAUGGAAGGAAGUUUGUGGUGAACCAGCGCCAGUUCCAGACCUUUGAAGCGUUUCUGAAUGAGGUGACCAGCACCAUCCAUGCCUCUGUGGCUGUGAGGAACAUCUACACCCCCAGGCAGGGCCACCGGGUCACUGAGCUGGAGGACCUGCAGAAUGGAUGCCCGUAUGUGGCAGCUGGCUUUGAGCGGUUCAAAAGGCUAGACUAUUUAAACCCCGGAAUGAAGCAACUCAGUGGGAGCAGGAAAAAAAAUGGCUUGCAGAUUCGCCCCGUGGUUCCCCAGAAGCUGAACAUGGCAGCGCGAUGGCAGAAGCAUGUCCACCUGCCCUGCAUUAUACAUGUUUUCCGGAAUGGGGAUUUGCUGAGCCCCCCUUUCCGACUGCUGCUCUCCAAGAGCACCCUGCAGGAGUGGGACGCCAUCCUGGGCCUGCUGACGGAGAAAGCCAACCUGCGCAGUGGAGCUGUUCGAAAACUCUGCCAACUGGAUGGAGUCCCAGUCUCCAGUGGCGAGGAGUUGGUGAACGGUGAAUACUAUGUGGCGGUCGGGGUGGAGAAGUACAAAAAUCUGCCCUACUUUGAACUGCUGGUGCCUAAGAAUUCUGUGCACCGGGCAUUACGGAACCAUCCAAAUAACAGACGCAGGAUCCACAAUCAGGGGUUUGGUAAAAGCUAUGCCACCUCCCAGGAUGGAGCUAGCGACUCUGCCCUCAUUGAUCCACCUCCGCAGCCGGACUAUCGCAGGGUGCAGUCCACAGGAGCUGCAGAGAAAGACAAGACCCCCGUUCCUUCUCCAGCAGUGCGCAGACAAGCCGGGAAAUAUCCACGCAAAGAGGAAGAGUCUGUUUUCCACGCUAAGCCUGUCCGUGCAGGGCAAAACAGGACGAAUAGCAGGAACAUGCAACACUGGCCUGACCAAGAAGAGGGAAGUGUCUAUAAAGUAAAAGACCCGAGAAAGGAGAUGCGAGGUGCCCGGGAAGUAAUGGAGGAUGAAUACACAAAGAUGGAGCUACCUGUUGAUCAGAGAGCUGCAGAGACUGUGGAAGAAGUUAUACCAAAAAACAAAAUGACUCCUCACAGCAAGGUUGGGAGCACUGACAGAUCGCGGAAGGCCUUGACAAUGCGAAAUUACGCCAAUGACUCAGAGGAGGAAGAGAACUGA